AUGAAGUUGAUCCUACUGAUUGUUCUGUUGACUUUUCUGGGAAUAUCGAAGUCACAGGUCUGCAACCAUGAUUGCUCAAGGAUUGGUAUUGAUUACCUUUGCGGAAAGACUGUGAGGAAUGGCAGGGAAAUUCGCUGCACCUACAAAAAUCCAUGCGAAAUGGAUCUAUAUGCCUGCCAGCAACGUGAAGAAUGGAAAAAAGAAACAACAGGCCGAUGCACACGAAACUCAGAAGAAUGCAGACGGUAGGGGGAAAAUUACCAGGCGCAGGAGAAGCAGCUGGAUAUUUUUAAGAAAUGUAUAAAUAUUGACACAAUUGACAACAAGACAUAUACAAAAUAAUAUUU